AUGGGUGUCCAGAGGAAACCCCAGAGGAUUUUAAUGGAGCUGAUAGAAAAUCAACCUAGAAAAGGUGCAUCGGGGAAAUCCACACAGUGUCAGAUUCCCCUUCCUCUUCCUGGAUCUCCUCCUCCUGCUCCUCACCCACCUCAACCUAUCAGACCUAAACCUACUGAUCCAAAAAGGAAAAGGGAGCAGAAAGGGAAAGAUGUGGUUGAGACUGGAAGAUCUCGUCCGACCCGUGAAGAUGAGGCUCAACGAGCUGCGAAGCAACAAAAGGUCAACCACGCAUCACAACGGGGCCUUGAGAGGUUGGACACUCAGCCUCCAAAGCCACAAGCCUGGCUCCUAGCACCCAUGCACGACAGGGAGCCCCUGAGGGAUGAUGCAUCACUCAGGGACUUCAACGGGGGCAUUGGGUGCCACGUUGCCCCGACCGUGGAGGAAGCCUUACUGCUUCCAAAAGAUAUCUCUGAGCUGCGGAGUAUGAGGAAAAAUGAGGUCUUCCUCAAUUGUAAAAGAUAUUUGGGCAUGAAAAAGCUAGCCGAGGAGGAGCAAGCUCGCCAUAGUGUUACCUCGGCCUUGGAUGGCGUGCAGAGGCAAGCCGAGGACCAGAGGAAGCGUCCACGCGAGACAACUGAUCAACUGACUGCUGCUAGGGAGCAGAUGGCAACACUCAAAAAACAAUUGGAAGAAGCCCAAAGGCUUAAGGAUCGGGUUGAAAAAUCCAAGGCUGAAGUUGAGAAGGAAAGGAUUGAGGUCGAGAAAGCUAGGGACGAGGCUGAGCAGAAGGGUUACAACCUUGGAGUAGCUGAGACCAAGGAAACCCUUAGGGCAGAGGUCCCAGCUGUAUUUUACCCUUCUGCAAUACGAGCCUCGGACCUUCCUUCUGCUCAAGACGAAGCGGCUUGCACAGUUGCUGAUCAAAAUAAAGAAGUACAGCCUCAGGAUCCUCCUUUUCCCAGCCAGCAAGGGCCAACAAAAGAACCCGGUGCUUCCCAAGAAGUACCCUCGGACAAGGCUGCAGUGGUUUCGGAGGUAGAAGCAGCUUCCCAAGGCUUUCAGCAAGACUUGGCUUCAACUGUCAUGCUCGCUAAGGGAACCUCCAAAGAUAAGGAAGGAACAACUACCUCAGAGGCAGAUAACCCAGCCAACAAAACCUCCAAGCUUCAGAUCAAGUUGAAAAAAUGA